GGCCGGGGGCCGCGCCGCGCCGGGUCUGCGCGGCGCCGGGUCUGCCGGAGCGCGGCUCUGACUCUCCCUUUUGCGUGUGUCGCCUGUAGGGCCCCGGUUCCUCCCCAGCGCGGGCCGGGGCGUGCGCUCGCCCCUGCGGACGCAGCCUGGAGGAGUGUGUGUGGGGUGCCUGCGCGGGGGUCUGGAUGUCUCUAGCAGCGGCACGGCAGCCUGAUGCCUCCUCUCGUCUGGGACGCGGGGUCCUUGGGGAGUUCCCUGCUGCCUCCUCUGGCGUUCUCUGCGAGCUCAUAGAUCCUUCCACCUCCUCUCCCCCCCCCCCCCCCCCCCGCCCCGCUCCCCUGUCUGGUGGGGUGGGAGACCGGUGGCUGCUCCCGCCGAGCUGAGAGCCACGUAGGGCACCCCAUGUGCUCACUACGCAUCUGGGAUGGCACCCCUGCCCUGAGGGCCCCGCAGAGUCCCACCCUUCCUGCAACCAGCCCCCCCAGAGCCAUUAAACCACCCACAAAUCCUGCCCCAACACCCCCACAGGCCCCAAAACGCCUCCGAGCCCUGCCGCAAUGUUGUCACUGACUCCAGACCUUCCCCUGCACUCUGUGCAAGGCCCCAAACAUUCCUCAAACUGCUGCCAGACCCAGUGCCCGCAGCAGUGAGGCGUUCUAACAAAGAUGGGGUGCGAUGUGCGUCUCCACCUCGACUCAGUCCCGCUUUAGAGAAACAGGAAGUUACAGCACUUCCUGGUGAAGAGUGUUGACGGGUGAAUGUGCGGAUGACAAAGAGACUUCUCUCUCUUUUCUUCUGAGCCGCCUCUCAGAAGCCUCUGUGUGUGCACGAUGUGGCUGAUCUGGGAUAAUCGUGCUGUGCGCAGUGCUUAAGGAGAACAUUGCCCUAAAAUGGAGGGCUAAGGAAUAGCCUAAGAAACCUAAAAGGCUCGGGAAGAGCCAAAGAGAACACCGAUGGGCUCUGGGAAGCCCCAGUGAUGCUAGCGAAAACAGCGUGGCUUUUAGGCACCUCCUCAGAGCAGCAGCAAUGUCUCGCUCCAGCCUAUGGGACAAUGGGGACUCUUAAUUACCGCCUUGAAUUACCACAAGUGUUGCAAAAGCAGAAGGGACUAGGGAGCAUGCAGAGCAGGUUAUGGACUAUAUGUCAAGUUUAAACAAGCAACAAGCCCCUCUGCAAACAGAAACAGGUUUAGCCCUAAGUAAUAGAGGAAGGUAGCUGUGAGUAACGUGAAGCGAAGCGGUGACGUCAGUCACCCCGAAAGCCUCGGAGAAGCGGUCUGAAAAUCUGGUACCCUCGCGACCUCGGCAGUCUUUUUGGUUUGUUUGGCAGGGUAGCCCACCGAAGGGGGACAUCUCGAAGAGAAGCAGCAAGACCUGGGGAUCCGGUGGUUCAUUUUGGUCGUCGCCUGUGAGGCCAGCAUGCAAGAGUAAGAGGAAGCUAGGAGCAGUCUCAAAAAGAGAUGGAACCAAGGACAGCAAAUGCUGACGAGGAGAAGAGACGGACGAGCGUUUGCUUGCGGUUAAUACCGAAGGGACGGGAUGAAACAAGGAAGCCAGAAUGCAGCGGCCCCUCGAUAUCACCAGGAACUGCUACAGGAGGAGGCGUUCUGGCACGGGUAACUAGGGUAAGUAUCGCUAAUGACCGUUAGCAGUUAUUUCGGCCUCCCCGAGGCAGCGCUGAGGACUAAGUAACCUGAGGGGCUCUGGCCUGGGUUAGGGCAGAAGUGCAGGCAGGCGGGAUCAGGCAUUUUCCUCUCAGCUCUCCAAGCUGAAUCCUAGCCCUGAAGGAAAAAGCACUGGGGGGAGGCUACUCGGACACCUGCCACGUCGAGGGCAGGGGCAGGAGCUGACCCUUCCCCGACGGACGGACGGACGGACAGACGCUGGUGCGGCGGUGACUCUUUGGAUAUCGUAGGUAAGGGGAGGCACGCUGGUGCCGAGCUCCAGGGCGGUUUGCCUGAACACGAUGCCCGGGGCAGGAGGUUACGCAUUGUGUCCGGGGCUGGGAGCUGGUCCCCGAGUCCCAUGUACUUGGGAGUGCCUGCGCUUGCCAGGGAGCCCGGUGCUGUUCCCAGAGCUGCGGGGAAUUUCCCUUGCGUUGCCUGGACCCUCGGGGCUCUUGGGGGUGUUUCCCCUCAUCGCAAGGGCAGCCAGAGCCCCUCCAGGGCUGCGUGAGGUCCCCGAACCGCUCCCGGAUUUGCUUUUGGCACUCCGCAGUGUCGCUCGUGUGCCUGGGGCAGCCUGCAGGCGCCAUCCUGUCAGCCGCGUUGAGCCCUGCGGCGUGCCUGGUGACCCCUCUGGUGUGCGCCAAGGCCCUUCCUCUGUAUUUUGGUCUGCCCCAGAGCCCUGCACUUGCCCUCUGAUGCCCUCAGGACCCCUCAGUUCACAUUCUGGGUUGCCCCCGAGCCCUCUGCGUGCCUUUCGGUGCGCCCCGUGGCCCCGUGUGUGUUUUGCGGCACGCCGCAGAGGUCUCUGUUUAGCUUUUUCUCCUGUCCUGGAGUUUUCUGGGUGCUUCUGGGUGUGCCCCAGGGCCCUCCUUUUGGUGCCCCCAGAGUCACUCUGUUUGCUCUAUUAUUGUUUUUUUUUUUUUUUUUUUUUUCUUGACUUGUGUUGCACCCAGAGCUCUCGAUUUGUUCUCUUGUGCUCCGCAUACUCCCCUUUCCGCACUCUACACCCCAGGCAGGGCUCUCCCUUCAGCUCUCAGCAAGCUGCUGUCAGGAGAGUGGGGGUGCCUCUGCUGCCCUGGCAGCCCCAGCUGUCCCUGAAGGGGCUGAUGGCCAGGCCCCCUGCCCAGUUCCUGCAGGCCCACAGCUGCGGGCCCUGGGGCUGGGAUGAAUGCCAGGGGGAGCUGGGUGGCAGGACAGGCCCCAGAAUUUGCUUUGGCUGUUUGUAUUUUGCGUUGUUACUGCACGCGCGUACGUGGAAAGGGAAAGACAGAACGAAUGCUCUCUUAGAUUAAUUGCCACGGCUGAGGUUGAAGAGUAAAAAACGUGAGCAAGCUGAAGUAAUAGAAUCCAAGGGAGCCAAGUGAAAGCUGUCUUCCUCUGCCAGAAAAAGGGAAAGCCCGUUCCUCCUGGCAAGGAAGGAGCGCCAUUAAUAGCGAUCCGAAUAAUAGAUCGCCAGCGUAUAACGGAAGGUCUGUAUGCAUUACGAGAAGUGCUGUGCGUACAUGUGUCUCCAUGUGUGUGACUUUACGUGCCUGUGAAGCGUCAUGCUUCACGAGCUGCGAGACAGCAAAUUAUUAUCUUGGGGGAGUGGUGGUCAAGUGACCAGAGCUACUGAAGAGGAAGGGAGCGAGAGAAGGGUCUGAAGUGUAAAACUGAGAGAUCGAUUUCAGGAAGGCUCAAUCAGCGCAAGCCCCGGGUUAGUUACCUGGCAAUGGUAUUUGGGGAGACGGGAUGACAGUAGAUAGGUUGAAGCCUCAUGGAAUUAAGGCUCCUUCUCACCAGUUCCCGCUUAGAGCAAUUGUAGGAGGAUUUAGUUUCCUCCAGCAGCAUUAAGGUGGCUUUGCCGGUGUCAGCAGACCACGGUGGAAAGUACUGGGAGGGAGUCGGAAAGGGAGCUGGGAUGAGGAACGUGACUCUGCUUUCACUGAACUGGAAGAAGUGGCUAUAAAACCUCCUGCCCUCAAAUUCCCAGGACAAGGAAAGCCUUUUUCGGUAAUGCUUUCCACAUCUGCUGACUGCGUGGGAGCAGCACCACUAGAAAACGGCAGUAAAGGAAAGCGGGUGCCAGUCGCCUCACCUUUACGUCCCCUUUGGGGGUGGAACAAAAAGUCUCUGGCUGUGAGAAAGACUGUUCAGCAGCGAUGUGGGCUGUAACCGUCUUUGAGACUUUUAGCUUUGAUCGCGCAGGGGCCAUCCAAUCUAUUCAGUUCUCUCUAAAGUAAUCACGUCAGGGAAAUGAAGAGACAGCGGAGUAUCAUCUAUCCGAGUGGCGCAGUGGGCGCUGAUCUUAACGAGCGGGGGCAGGGGGGCAGUUGCUGUGCAAGUGUUACAAGCAGUGGCUCUUCUUGUGCGCGUCUGAAUUGACUGAGGGGCAGAGCACGGUUGCGCCAAAAACGCGGACGCAGGAGGUUUCCGAGAGGUUGAUCUCUAGCGGCUACUUAGUCUGACUUCCCUUUCGCGGCAAGCCCGACUGUCUUCAUAGCUCUCAGAACAGGGGUUAGGGGAAGCGGUACUUGUGGCUUGCGUAUUCUUGUUUACCUUGCUUGAGUGUGUAUAUUGGAUCCACUUUUGUGCUUAUAAACAACUUUGGAUUCUUAUGAUUUUCUGCAGAGCUUUGAUCUUUUUCUUUUUUUCUUUUUCUUCUUGGUUUGUUUUUUUUUUUUUUUUGCUUUGCUCCCUCCCUGAUGGAUUUUACUACGCCUCCGUCAACGAGCCCUGGCUGGCAAAGUUGCUGUGUCCCAGCGGAGACUCUUAGGCGAGAUGGAGGAGUUCAGAUCCGCAGCCUGCCAGAAGAAUGUCGCCCAGGAGGGGUUGCUAGCCUCGAGCUAUAGGCGCUGGCGUUCAGGACCUCGGGGAACGACUGUGUGCUGCCGUGAAGAACUACAGGCUACCACCGCUCUCGGACCUUUGUAAGUUAUCACGCGUCGAGAGCUUCCAGGAGAAUUCAAAUGCCAGCAGAAAGGUUCUCCGCCCGGUCCCGACGAGGAGGCUUCGGCCACAGGAAGGUCGGCAGCGUCCUUACCGGACUCGCGGGAUGCUGUUCUGAGGGCCAGCAACUCGAAGGGAUGCAGCUCGGCCCUUUUUGUUGACUUUGGUGAUGCUGUUUUGAGGAAGCAUGUAAGUACAGAAGGGGUCUGGGAGGGUUUUCAAACAAGACGGGAAAGAGCAAGGAAGAUUUGAGAGCGUGGAAAAACUAGGUGCCGCGGGUACUGAAGUUGUUACGGGCUGAGGGCGUUUGGCGUUGAGCAUCUGAGAGGGGCUAAUGCACGAGGAACGGUAAAAUGCUGUGACUGAACGCGAGGUUCCUCCCCGGCCUGGGCCCGUGUGUGCACCCUCGCUCCCACAGACACCCCGGAGCCGUAGGGAAACGGGUGAGCAGGCCCACGAGCGGACUUUGGGCACAGCGGUGCGCAGAGAGCGCUGCGGGCUCAGCCGGUGGGGUGGAGUCGGAGCAUGGCGAGCCAGGCUGUCGGGAUCCAUCCGGUUCCGCUCCCUGCCCCUCUGUCCAGCGCUCCAUCCUUCUCUUUCUUUCCCCGUGGCUCUGUCCAGUGCCCCAUCCCUUUGUUUAGCUACUCGUUCCUCUGCCCAGCUCCCCCAUCCCUCUUGUACUCUUUCCAUCUCUGUGACAAUAUCUGCGUCCAUCUAACUGGCUCUCUAUCGCUCUAUCUAGCUCUUCAUCGUCCUCUUCCUCUUCCUAUCCCAGUACCUGCCCGCUGUCCUUCCGUGCGGCUCCCCAUCCGUCUGCCGCUCUCGUCUGCCUUUCUGCCUGUACUUCUCUUUGCCUUCCCAGCCCUCUGUCCACCCCUCCAGCCAUCUCUCUCUAUUUCCAUCCCUCUGCUCAGCUCCUCAUCCAUCUAUUUGCCUCCCUAUCCCUCUUUUCCCCUGUUUUGUCCCAUCUCUCUGUCUGAAUUGCCCUCCCUCUUUUUCUCUCUCCACCUUUCUGGCCACCUCUUCGUCGUUCUCGUCCUCUUCCCAUCGCUCCUACUGGCUCCCUGUCCCUCUCUUCCUGUCCCCGUUCCUCUCUCUGGUUCUCCCCCCUUCUCUGUUGCUCCCUUGCCGUUCCUCUGGCCGUCUCGCCUUCCCCAUUUUUCUCUCUUCUGCUCCCCGGUCCUCUGUGCAGCCCUCCCUCCAUCUGUGUGGCCCUCUGUCCCUCUCUUUCUCUUCCUUUGUCCAGUGCCCAGACCCUGGGGCCGGCUCUCUGUCCCUCUCUUUCUUUCUCCCUCCAUCCAUCUGCCAAGCUCUCUGCCCCUCUUUUCUUUUGUUCUCCCCCCUGUCCCCGCGUCCAGGUGGAGGUCUGUUGUUCCUUUGCGUUUUGUCUGGUGCGGCGGGUGGCGAGAGGUGGUCGGCGCUCGGCAGAGAUGGUGAUCGGCAGCGCCCGGAGGGUGCCGUCGGUCGGUCUGGUUCGGGUCACGUCGGACACCUCCGCGGGGACUCUGCCCGCGGAGGCGCGGGGCUGUGGCUGUGCAGUGGGGGAGCGCUAGCGGGCUAGAGAUGCCGUGGGGUACGCGGCAGGCAGCGAAGAGGCUCCUGGGGAAGGUGUCACGGAGGCAGAGAGCAGCAGAGGCUCCGAGACCUUGGGCGUUAGGACAGGCGCUCGCGGUAGGGCGGUCUGGAGCUGCUGCUGCUGUCUGUCCUACUCGUCAGCGCGGUCUGCAGUUACUGCCUCUUGUCUGCCUGCGCGCAGCCAGGGCUGUCACGUGGUGCAGCUUGAGUUAUGAUUGCGAUGCUGGCAUUGAGCCCACUUUUCUGUCAGGUCUGCCUUUAUGCAAAGUGGUGUCUUCCCUAUGUCUACAGCUCAACCCAUGUUGUUGAUUUAGUGCUUCCUGAGGGGAUAUGCUGUGCUGUCAACACGCACACCCACCACACCCCUGCCAUCGCUUCCUGAUGAAUGCAGUCAUUUACAUAGCUUCUGGCUUGUUUCUUUCCUUGGAACUCCUUUCUCUUUGCUGUUCUGGUCCCUCCAAACAAUUUCUGUUUCUAGCAUUAUUAGUGUUGGGCCCUAAACCUUCUAGACCUUCCUUCUUUGAAGUCCAGAGGUUCCAGUAUUGUUUGUACUUUGAGAGUAAAGGUCCUUCACAACUCAUGUCUUAAGUAUGCAACUGCCUUACCUGGGAUUUUCGUUUUCGCAAGUUACUGUUUCUUUCAGGAGCCAGCUACAACAGUAACUUUGCUAUAGCAGAGAAAUGGGGUUACAUGUGUAUGAGCAACAGCACCGUAGUACACAGCAAAGCCAUAAUCUACAGUACUGGUAGCACAAGUCAGUUUCCCAUCAGCUCCAUCUCUCCAGGGUUUGGAGGUUUUGGAGGCCUUACUUUUUAUCCUGCCUUGGCUGGACGGUGCUUUCUGAGAGUGUCCAUCAGAGGCAGAGUUUCCCUGCGGAGGACCAUCUAGCAAAGGCUGGAGGCGGCCGGGUGCCUGAGCGAGCCUGCCUGUCCAUGAGAGCUGCUGUGACAACUUUGUGAUGAAAUGGAGCCAGAGAGGGUGACUGAAGCAGCACGGAGGGUCAGUCAUAACUGUGGGAACAAUUACGGGCCUUGGACUAGGGAGUAGUUCUAGGAGGGCUGUGCAGUUGCCCGGCCUCUAACUAACUGCUCUGGCCUCUUUGCAGGUGCCGAAGCCCAGUCGGGCAGUCGAAGGGGCCUUGUCACAGCUGGGAGCUCUGCGGAGAUGCGCGGCUGGCCAUGGAGAGUGAGCUCUGACUUGCAGCGUGGACACAGCUAAGUCCUGGGCUGCAUCAUAUGUGAGCAGUGCUGGGAGGUGCGAGGUGAUUGUUCCCUAGGUGGUCACUGGUGUCACUGGCUGUGGAUGUUUGCCCAUGGAGCUGAGAGGACCAAAAAUAUUAAUUGUCUGACCCGGAGAUGAAUUAGUGCUUGCAGUGCUUCAGGUAGGUUCAGUGCAAGUGCAGCCUAGUGCAGUCCUGUGGAGUGAUUCUUGCACAUGCUCACAUUUGAAUGGUGGCUAAAACCAAGCCUCUAAACAGCAGCUGUAACGUGAUUCUGGUGCAUGUCUUCCCGUUCUGCUGUGCUUCUAGAGGAAGGGAAAACUUCUUAAGCUGUGGGCAAAACUCCUUGCCUUCUCUUUACUGUUUUCAUGCGUAUGGGUGCUUUGGUGUUUGUUGCUUAAAGCUGAGGGUUUGGAAUUUUUCACUUAAGGUUUAUUGUUUAGUUUGUUGUUGAGGGUCUCUCACUCCGGAGUUACAGUUUAUUCCUUUCUUUUGUGGGGCUCAGUCUUUAUCAGUCAGGGUUUACAGUUUGCUCGUUUAGUGAUCAGGGCGCAGAAUUUAAAAUCCAACCUUAGCCAUAAAUUUUAAAGUCUCGGCAACUAUUAGGGUUCCAAGACCUGCAGUUAGUGUUCAGGGCUUAUGACUUACUGAUAAAGGAAAAGGGCUAAAUCCUUAGAUAAACUGUAAGCCCUGAAGCCUAAGCAGCAGGCUGCAAACCCUUCUUUGGGCUUUGUAACCUUCCCCUGUACCCAGCGUUCAGCUCUGCACACCGACCUGCGCUCUGGAUUUGAUAUGGCGCAGGCCCAUCACACGGAGACUGGCAAUGUGACAGGUGAGCUGAGAGUUGUGGAAGUGUCUUGCAGGGCUCUAGCCUGGGGUAGGGCAGAAGUGCAGACAGGCAAGAUCAGGCAUUUUCCUCUCAUCUCUGAGAUGAAUCCUAUGCCUGAAGGAAAAAGCAGAGGAGUAGGCUGUCAGCUACUUGGACACCUGCCACAUCAAGGGCAGCAGCAGGAGAUGACCCUUCCCUGAUGGAUGGAUGGACGCUGGUGUAGUGAUGACUCUUCAGGCAUCACAGGUAAGGGGAAGCAUGCUGACACUGAGCUCCAUGGCAGACUUGCUUCCAGCUAUUGUUUCUGCGCAGUAAAACAAUAAACAGUUGCUUUAUUCUUUGCA